GGUAAAUUUCUUAUCAGUUAAUUACAUCUGGCUUUUGACAUAUUUACAUUAGACUUGGAAAUCAAAAGUAAAAUGUGUGAAUUUUCUGUUAAAAUUGUACUGACCGAUAUUGAGGGUACCACCACCUCUAUUAGUUUUGUUAAGGAUACUUUGUUUCCCUUUGCCAAAGAACACACUGAAAAAUAUCUACAGGAAACAUGUGAAACUGCACAAACCCAGACUGUUAUCAAGGACCUAAUGAAUUUGCCACAAUAUAAAGAAUUCUUGAAAGAAACAAACUCCAGUAAUGAUGGGGCUGUGGAUAUUAAGAAAAUAAGUCAAUUUGUUAAAUAUUUAAUAGACAAAGACUUGAAAUUGGGACCACUUAAGACUCUGCAAGGCUUUGUCUGGUCGGAGGGCUAUAGAAGUGGUACCAUCAAGGGACAUGUUUAUCCAGAUGUACCAGCUGCAUUUAAACGUUGGCAAGAUGCUGGCAUCCGUGUAGCCAUCUAUUCAAGCGGCAGCAUUAAGGCACAACAACUUUUAUUUCGUCAAACGGAAUAUGGUAAUCUUUUGCCUUAUAUCGCGGGACAUUUUGACACCACCAGUGGCCACAAACAGGAAAAACAAUCGUAUGUUAAUAUUGCUCAAGCUAUAGAUGUUGAUCCCAAUGAUAUUUUAUUCUUAACAGAUAUUGUGAAAGAGGCUGAAGCUGCCCGUUUGGCUGGUUAUCAAACAGCCAUACUUUCUAGACCCGGUAAUGGACCUCUUACUGACGAUGACAAAUCUCAAUUUACCAUUCUAAAUGAUUUUGAAUCUCUAAAAGUUAUUGCUAAAUAAAAGACAUUUUUAUAAAAAAAAACAUUUAAUAAAA